GUUUACAUCGGCUCAAAACGCUGAGUGAACCGUGGAGACAGCGACUCACAUUUUAUUCGUUUGAGGCAGGUGAACCACAAACGCAAGCAUGGAUCACAUGCUGCCUUCCCCGGGGUUCAGCAUCCCCAGCAUCGGGACGCCGUUGCAGCACUCACAGGAAGAGGAGAUGAUCCUCCCAGCGGCCCAGCAGCAACAACAACAGCAGUCUGCACAGCAACAUAGCCAACAGCAGCAGCAACAGCAGCAGGGGCAGCAGAUGGGGCAGCAGCCACAGACCUUUGGCAGUGGGUUCACGCCACACACCUUAAUGCAGCCACAGACACCAAGUAUGAUGUCUCCAGCUGUGGGCGGAGGUUCCCAGGUUGGGGCUGGAAUGUUUGGUUCAGCCACAGGGCCUUCCACGCCCAUAGGAGGGCCCAUGACCCCCAUGACCCCACACUCAGCUGAUCCUGGAAUUGUUCCACAGCUACAGAACAUCGUGUCAACAGUAAACCUCAGCUGCAAGUUGGAGCUGAAGAAAAUCGCACUCCACGCUCGUAAUGCAGAAUAUAAUCCCAAGCGAUUUGCCGCAGUCAUCAUGCGUAUUCGAGAACCUCGAACGACAGCCCUCAUCUUCUCCUCAGGCAAAAUGGUAUGCACAGGAGCCAAGAGUGAACAGGACUCCAGACUUGCAGCAAGAAAGUAUGCAAGAAUAGUGCAAAAGCUUGGGUUCCCGGCCAAAUUCAUGGACUUCAAGAUCCAGAAUAUGGUGGGAAGCUGUGACGUUAAGUUCCCUAUCCGAUUGGAGGGUCUCGUUCUCACACACAGUCAGUUCAGCAGCUAUGAGCCUGAGCUGUUCCCUGGCUUGAUCUACCGAAUGGUCAAGCCUCGCAUUGUACUCCUCAUCUUCGUCUCAGGAAAGGUUGUGCUUACAGGUGCAAAAGUGAGAAACCAGAUUUAUGAAGCCUUUGAUAAUAUUUACCCUAUAUUAAAAAGUUUCAAAAAACAAUGAAAGGGAAGAGUUGUGUUUUUUUUUUGGGUGGUUUUUGGACUUAAAGUGUCUUGAAAAGGUUACUGCUGGGAUAUAUGAAAAGGAAUUACCUCUUCCAGACAACUAAAUAAAAAAAAGAAAAUAAUGGGACAUUAAAGUAUUUGGAGUGUACAACACUAUUUUAUAAUACUUAAGUUUAGAUGACAGAAAUGUACAAAGGGCUGUUUGGUACUGCAGUCUCCAGUGAUUUGAAAUUUGAACUGUGGUCGUCUGAGCUGGCUCGGGUGUGAAGCAAGUGUCACAAUGAUGUAAGAAUUUUAACUCCACAGCUGGUAAUGAAAAAGCAAAUAAGGAAAUAAAUAAACUGAAUGCAGAACAUAGCAAACACAUUGUACAAAUUUUAACCCAAAAGACAUUGAAAAAUAAAGAGUUUAUAUUGUCACAGAGACAAGGCUAUUUGUUUUUUCUAGUUUUCUUCUUCGAAUGGAAGGCCAACACUGCCGGAAGGGAUUUUUCAAAGGGAAGAAUUUAGAAGCUGAAGAAUUCCAAAGCAGCAGUGUGGAGUGUGUUUUUAUUGAAGCUUACAAGCUAGUGGCAUUUUAUAUCAUUGCAGAUGGAAUCAGCACAAGGUGUAUGAUUCAUUUUCCUCUCAUUGUCUUUUGUAACUAAAUUCCGGAGGUUGUUUUAUCAGCAGGUUACAUAAUUUACAGUGUACUAGUGAUUUGGGUACCAUCAAAUAAUUCUGUAUAAUUUUGUUAUGAAUGUGAAUUUUAUUAGUGUACAUGUGAAUGGGCAGUGAAGACUGCAUGUUCUCUAUGACAAUAUCUUCUUCAACUUGUUGCAUGUUGCAAUAUAAGAAGCACAUAAGUCAAA